AUGCCACUGGAUUGCAAACUAUGUAACAUAAGUUUCUCAACGAACUUGGAGCAAAAAGAACACAAUCUCCUUCUGAGUCAUCACGUUAAGCUUGCUUCCACAGGUUCAAGCGCACAUAAUUGCAUAGUUUGUGUUUGCAAGUGCCAAUCUCUAGCCGAUUAUUCAAAGCACGUUGACACCCCUGAGCAUAGAAGAAGAUUAGAACGGCUACGAGCGAAAAUUGACACAGACGAAAGAGAAUCGCCACCAAAAAAACCGAGAACGAAUUCAGAACGCAUGGACAAUACAUACAUGGAGCCAUCUACGAUAAAAAAAGACAGAAAGGAAUCACAUCCUUCUUCCUAUUCCUCGCGGAGUGUCAACAAGUAUUCUAGUGAUGGAUAUAGCUAUAGGUCAGCAUAUAACAAUGAUAGGAGUUCUGAUAGCUAUCGAAAUGAUAGAAACUAUUCAGAGAAACGGCACCUUGAUAGAAACAGUAGCAGAUCAAGUUACCACGGCUACUCUAAAGAUAGAUACCAAGACAAUUAUUAUUCAAAAGACAGAUCUGAUAGAAACAGAAGUCGUAACGCAUCUCCGCAGACUGAUGAACCAAAAAAAAAUAUGUUCCAAAGAGCUUGCAAUUUAUCAAUGCGAAAAAAAGACAAGCCUAGGAAACCUGUUAACCCCGAGGAAGAUCAAAAAUUAGCUAAAUCUACAUCGGAAAAGAAAGUUCUACCCAAAACUAACAUAGCUACUGUUGCCACAAUUCCAAUUAAGAUACAAAUUCCUAAAAAGAAACGAGGUCCUAUGCCAGGACCAUCUAUACAAAAUCAAACUGAGAAACAGAAAAGUUGGAAAAAGCUGGCCAAGUCUGUAAUUGGGAAAAAGCAAAGCGACCUAGUUAGAAGAGAUAGAGCGUCAAAGUAUAGAUUAUUAGAUAAAAAAGGUGAAGAGCUUUCCGAAGAAGAUGGUAUCAUGUCCGAACUACCUUAUGCAUUUCAAGUUCCUAACUUCGUCAACAAUAGUUUAUACAAUUUGAUGAAUGACUCCUCAGCUACUUAUGCGUCCGUCGCCAACUUUCCUAUGAGUACACCAUACAACUAUCCCACUGCUAUUCAAGCUUAUGAUAAUGGUAAUGAUAAUCUGUCGCAGGUGCUAGGGGAGAUCGAAAGAGCAAAAUCGAUAGCUUCAACGUCUUCUUUUUCAACUCCUAGUUCGGCAGAUCCAGAAGCUCUGGUGAAGCCAUCUCUUGAUGAACCUCCACUAAACAGCGAAGUUGUUAUGGAAGAUACUGUAGUUAUUAAAAACGAAGUUCCCGAAGAAAAUAACGUUAUGUCAUUUCCAUUGGAUGUCUGUAACCCAAGUCAACCCAUAGAGAAACCUACCGACGUAGACAAGAAGAACGAGCUGUGGGACCUUGCUGUCGCAGAAGAAAUGAAGAAAAAGGAGCUGGAAGUUUAUCGAGAGCGUGUAGUGCAGCUGGAAUCUGAUUUAUUGAGAAUUUCCAAGCGGAAAACGGAUUUUAAUGUGAAACCGCAUUUUCAAAUUUUUCCCGUGUCUCAACAGAGAAGCCAAUGA